AUUCUUACGUACGUGAGAGCAGACGUGUCGGUCACGCACUUACGAAACAAGUUCCUAUUUUCUUAACGCAGAAAAUGUGAGAACGUCAGGUCCAGCAAAAGAACACAGACUCAUUGACUGGUAGGCGUGAUACAGUGAGAAUCUUUAAGAGUACACCACCCUGGAGCUUAUGUAAGCAAUUAAAUCAACUUUGAAACAUGUCUUUCCCUCUACUUUGCCAAAUUGGCAUAAGGCGCAUCAGCCAACGUGCCAGAGAUGAGAAAACCAGAAAACUUCUCAGUCGCAUAAUCAGGGUAGAUCAAGCAGGAGAAUUGGGAGCUGAUCGGAUUUAUGCAGGACAAAUUGCCGUCUUGGGCAAGACCUCUGUUGGACCCAUAAUACAAGAGAUGAAAGAGCAAGAACAGGAACAUCUGGAGACAUUUAAUCAUUUGAUUGUGGAGAAGAGGGUGAGACCCACAGCUCUGCUACCUCUCUGGAAUGUUGCUGGAUUUGUCCUAGGUGCAGGAACAGCCAUGCUGGGUAAGGAAGGAGCAAUGGCAUGUACAGUGGCUGUCGAGUCUGUGAUAGGGGAACAUUAUAACAGUCAGAUUAGAGAUCUGAUGGAGGAUGAUCCAGAGAAACACAAAGAUCUGAUACAGAAAUUGAGUAAAUUCAGAGAUGAUGAACUUCAUCAUCAUGACACUGGAUUAGAACAUGAUGCAGAAAAGGCACCAAUGUAUGAAGCUCUUUCACAGGUUAUAAAGGUUGGAUGUUAUGGAGCAAUUUGGUUAUCUGAAAGAAUAUGAAGUUGAAAUUACAGUGCAGAUGAAACAUUUCAUAUAUACAUGUAUGUGUUGAAUGUUUCAUAUUAUCUGAGAGACAGUGAGAAAUAAUGACAGUAAAUAUGGUGUACUAGUAACUUGUUUUGUUGAAAAUUAAAUAAACAGAUUUUGUCUAG